AUUAGAUAGUCAAUGGUUUUCGAUAUUUCGGUUGUAUGGUUACUUUAAUUUAUUGACAAAAAUGUAACACUUCUAUUUUAAAUUGACUAUGUUUUUACAACCGGAAUGAUAUCUGUUUUAUCCAUGUUAAGUUAUUUAUGUAAAUAUUAAAGGUGUUUUUAUUCAAGUAAAAACCUGUUGACACGAAAAGCGAAAAUGUCUUCGAAGAGUGAAUUAAAAAAAUUGUCUGAAGAAAGUUUAACCAGGCAACCUGAAGAAGUAUUUGAUAUAAUAUGCAAAUUAGGAGAAGGAUCUUAUGGAUCGGUUUAUAAAGCAUUGCAUAAAGAAAGUGGACAGGUGCUUGCCAUUAAACAAGUACCUGUUGAUACAGAUUUACAAGAAAUUAUAAAAGAAAUUUCUAUUAUGCAACAAUGUGAUUCUCCAUAUGUUGUUAAAUAUUAUGGAAGCUACUUUAAAAAUACUGAUUUAUGGAUCGUAAUGGAAUAUUGUGGAGCUGGAUCUGUUAGUGAUAUUAUGAGGUUAAGAAAAAAAACUUUACAAGAAGAUGAAAUAGCAACAAUUCUCAGUGAUACUUUAAAAGGUUUGGAAUAUCUUCAUUUGAGAAGGAAAAUACAUAGAGAUAUUAAAGCAGGAAAUAUUUUACUCAAUAAUGAAGGACAUGCAAAACUAGCUGAUUUUGGAGUAGCAGGACAGUUAACUGAUACAAUGGCAAAACGUAACACAGUUAUAGGAACUCCAUUUUGGAUGGCUCCAGAAGUAAUACAAGAAAUUGGAUAUGACUGUGUGGCAGAUAUAUGGUCUCUUGGUAUAACUGCUUUAGAAAUGGCAGAAGGCAAGCCACCUUAUGGUGAUAUACAUCCAAUGAGAGCAAUAUUUAUGAUUCCAACUAAACCACCACCUAGCUUUAGAGAACCUGAUCAAUGGAGUCCUGAAUUUAUAGAUUUUGUCAGUGGGUGCCUUGUUAAAAAUCCAGAAGAAAGAGCUACAGCAACUGAGCUGUUGAAUCAUGAAUUUAUAGGUAAUGCCAAGCAACCAAGUAUUCUUAGUCAAAUGAUUGCAGAAGCUCAUGAAAUACGAGAAAAACAAAGCGCACAUCGUGCCCAUGUCAUAAAUAAUGUGGCAAUCAAAAAUCAAAACCAAACAGAAGAUUCGGAUGAAGAAGAUUGUAGUGGAACAAUGAAACCACUGCCAGAAGACACGGGAACUUUAGUACCGAGUCAUGAUCUUCCAGAUACGGGUACACUUGUUUCUGCAAUGUUAGAUUUGGGAACAAUGGUUAUUAAUAGUGAUACUGAUACCGAAGCAACUAUGAAACGGCAUAAUACAGGGUCAGUAGAGUCCGGAAAAAAAUACCGGCCAUUAUUUUUAGAUCAUUUUGAUAAAAAAGAAGCACCUGAAAUAGGAAAGGUAAGAUUUAUACAUGGUAAUGGACAAAUACUUGGAGUACACAAUCAAGAUAAUGAAAAUAAACUAGAAUUACGAAGCCCCACGGAAUCACAGAGGUUUCAAAGUCACUUACAAUUACAGCUUAAUCAGAUUUCUCAUCCUAUACAAGAACAGCCUCAUAAUAACAUAUCCAAAUUCCAAAAUGUUUUUACAGAACGUGAUUUCGACUUCAUAAACAACCAUAUCCUGCAGCUGAAGUUUCUCUCAUACGAGGAAUUACAGCAACGAAUGGCUAAUUUGGAUGCAGAAAUGGAGAGAGAAAUAGAUGAGUUGAGAAGAAGGUAUCAAACGAAGAGACAACCGAUUCUUGACGCUAUGGAUACCAAACGAAAACGUCAGCAGAACUUCUAACAGUUCAAUUAUUUUUUUUUAUGCAAAUAAGUGUGAUGAUGAUAGAUAAAGGGUGUACAGUUGUAUAAAUGAAUAGAUUUUAUCUCGUUCUUAAUUUCAUUAAAGAGAAGAGCAUUGUUUAUUGAUGAAGUGUCUAUCUUAAAAAAAAAUGAGUUAUUAUAUAAUAACAGUUAAAAGUAUUUUCUUUCAAAACAAUGUUCUGUCUCUCUUUGAAAAUCAAGUACGAAUAAUUAAUACUAGCCAAUAGCCUCACGUCACCAAUGUAAAUUAUUUUACAUGAUUUAGGUGAACAAGUAAUCAUUAUACUUAAUUUUUUAUCAUUAUUUUUAUCAUGUUUAUCUAUAUAUUGUUAUUAUAUUAUUCUUAUAGAGAAAUUUUUUUUUCUUUUUUUUUUAGAAUUAAAAAAUCAAAAGAAAUAUAAAUAAUUAAUGUCAUUUAUAAUUUUGUUUUUAGUAGAAAAAAAAUAUUGGAUAAGCAUCUAUGUCAAAUUGAUAUUUGGUUUUCAUCUUACACUAGUCACACAUUAUGCCAUUUGAUCAUAAUAUUACAUUAUUAUCAUUACUCAUACGAAAUAUGUGCAUGGAAAUUAUCCCAAAAAUAUAUUUAUGUAGUUUUAUACACUAAUAUAUUGUUUACUUGUAUGAAACAUUAUUAUCCGCUAAGUGAAGAAUUUAUUCUUUCUUUACUGCCAUAGAUAUAUUACACGUUUAUCUAUUGAUAUAAUUAAGUUACAGAAUAUUUAAUUUCUAAAUACAAAUUAUAAAUUUUUUAAUAAUAUCAUUGCACCAUGCAAGAUUACUAUGAGAGUGAUAAUUUUUCAAUGUGAAAUAUUUAAUAAAUUACUAAAAUUAGUCUUCCGUAUUAGAACAUAUUUUGAUAUUUCAAUAAUUUUUUAAUUAUUUAAAUUAUUGACAUAGUCUUCAACAAUGAUAAGACUUAUGAUAUUUUUUAAAUUUAUAUGAAAUUUUAUUUUAUUUAGAACACAUUUUUUAAUUACUAUAUUUGAAAUCUUCAAAUAAAUUAUCAUUUUUGUAUUGAUAAAAAUUACAGCAUAUAUUUGUAAAUCAUAAAACCAAUAACGCGUGUAUGUAUCGUUAAGAAUAUUAUAACAUAGUGGAGUAAUUCUUUGCUGACGUUGGGCUAUUUUUCAAGUAGCGGAAAUAGAUUUAUAUUACUUAAAUGCUAUAGCCAGAACUGACUUUUUGUUUAUUUAGGAAGUAACAAUACAGAAUAACAACAUAUUUUUGAUAUAGAAGAUAUGCACAUUAUGGUCGAAAAAGAUUCAAAUAUUAUUAAAUCUAGUCUUUAUAUGGCCCUACCAUGACAUAUACAAGAUUAUUAAAACAAUAGUAUUGAGUUUCAUCAUUAAUAAGAAAAACAAAUUAAGUUAUAUUCUUUAAAAAAAUCUUACUAUUUGAAAAAAAAAAGCACAUCAUUCAUUGCAACAUACAAUAUAUAAACAUGUUGCAAUAAUCUAACAAAAAACAAAUACAAAAACAAAUAAAUUUUAUUUGUAUAAAAUUACAUUUUGAUAGAACAUAAAUACGUUUGUAGUAACAAAUUUUCUAUGUUUAUUUUCCACAUGUAUUAUUAAAAUACAAAAAGAAAUAAAUCAUGUGGAAAUAAUAUUGUAAAAAAAUAGUUAUGCAUUUCCAUAUAGUUAUCUAUUAUUCAACAUUAAAAAAACACGAUAAAAUUUUUUUUCUAUAAGAAUUUACAUAGUCUAUGAAAUAGAGAUCUAUAAUAUUUAUGAAUAUAAUGUAUACAUGUAGAAGUCUAUUUCAUAUGACAUAGCGAAUCUGUUUAUUUUUCGCGUUAGAAAAAUAAUGCUGUUGUUUUAUACUGCAGUUUAUAAUUAUUUGUUUAGGAAAUCAUUUUAAUUUUACAUUUUUCUUAUAAAUUGUAUUAUUCUCUAUAUGUUUGGGCAAAAUAUACAGACUGAAGGCAGAAAAUUGUCUUUCAAACAAAAAAUUACCUAUCUAGUUAGAAUUAUAAUCUCAUUAUAUAGUGUAACGUAUGAAUUAUUUCUGUUUAGUAUUAAAAUAAAGUAUAUUUUAAUUUUCAUUUAAAAUGAAACAAAAUGAAAUACAAUUGUUAAUAUAAGACACUGCCUUUUACGUAUUUGAUUUGAAUAAUAAUAAAGUAUUACAUAUACUAUAAUUUA